CCGCGCUCCCGUACACAUUUCCGAGCUCCGUCAUGCGUAUGGUCCCCACAGGCUCUGAGCGUCUCGGCCUGACGGCGCUGCGGCUCCGGCCCUGAGAAUCUUCAAAUUGCUGUUCCAUGCAUUCUGUCCAGACAAAUCCGAAAACAUGGCUACUACUGCAAUUAGGGAAGUUGGAGUUUGGAGACAGACCAGAACACUCCUGCUUAAGAAUUACCUAGUUAAAUGCAGGACUAAAAAAAGUAGUGUUCAGGAGAUUCUUUUUCCACUAUUUUUUUUAUUUUGGUUAAUAUUAAUUAGCAUGAUGCAUCCAAAUAAGAAAUACGAAGAAGUGCCUGAUAUGGAACUUAACCCUAUGGACAAAUCUAUUCUCUCUAACCUAAUUCUUGGAUAUACUCCAGUGACUAAUAUUACAAGAAACAUCAUGGAAAAGGUUUCCACUGAUCACCUUCCUGAUGUCAUACGUACUAAAGAAUAUGCAAAUGAAGAAGAAUUGGUAGCAUCCAGUCUUUCUCAGUCCAGUGAAUUUGUUGGUGUGGUUUUUAAAGACUUCAUGUCCUAUGAACUCCGUUUUUUUCCUGAUACAAUUCCAGUAUCAUCUAUUUAUAUGGAUUCAAGAGCUAGCUGUUCAAAAUCGUGUGAGGCCGCUCAGUAUUGGUCUUCAGGGUUCACAGUUUUACAAGCGUCCAUAGAUGCUGCCAUUAUACAGUUGAAGACCAAUGUUUCUUUUUGGAAUGAGCUGGAGUCAACUAAAGCUGUUAUUAUGGGAGAAACUGCCGUUAUAGAAAUAGAUACCUUUCCCCGAGGAGUAAUUUUAAUUUACCUGGUUAUAGCAUUUUCACCUUUUGGAUACUUUUUGGCAAUUCAUAUCGUAGCAGAAAAAGAGAAAAAGUUAAAAGAAUUUUUAAAGAUAAUGGGGCUUCAUGACACUGCCUUUUGGCUUUCCUGGGUUCUUCUGUAUACAAGCUUGCUUUUUCUUAUGUCUCUUCUUAUGGCAGUCAUUGCAACAGCUUCUUCAUUAUUCCCUCACAGUAGCUGCUUGGUGAUAUUUCUACUUUUCUUCCUGUAUGGGUUAUCAUCUGUAUUUUUUGCUUUAAUGCUGACACCUCUUUUUAAAAAAUCAAAACAUGUGGGAAUAGUUGAAUUUUUGGUCACUGUGGCUUUUGGAUUUGUUGGCCUUUUGAUAGUCCUCAUGGAAAGUUUUCCCAAAUCAUUGGUGUGGCUUUUCAGUCCCUUCUGUCAGUGUACUUUUUUGAUUGGUAUUGCACAGGUCAUGAAUUUAGAAGAUUUUAAUGAAGGUGCUUUAUUUUCUAAUCUGACUGAAGGCCCGUACCCGCUGAUUAUUACACUUAUCAUGCUGGCGCUUAACAGCAUCUUCUAUCUCCUCUCGGCUGUCUAUCUUGAUCAGGUCAUUCCAGGAGAAUUUGGCUUACGGAGAUCCUCUUUAUAUUUUCUGAAGCCAUCGUAUUGGUCAAAAAGCAAAAGAAAUUAUAAGGAGUUAUCAGAGGGCAAUGCUAAUGGGAAUAUUAGUUUUAGUGAAAUUAUCGAGCCUGUUUCUUCAGAGUUUAUAGGUAAAGAAGCCAUAAGAAUCAGUGGUAUUCAAAAGACAUACAGAAAGAAGGGUGAAAAUGUGGAGGCUUUGAGAAAUUUAUCAUUUGACAUAUAUGAGGGUCAGAUUACUGCAUUACUUGGCCAUAGUGGAACAGGAAAGAGUACACUGAUGAAUAUUCUUUGCGGACUAUGCCCGCCUUCUGAUGGUUUUGCAUCUAUAUAUGGACACAGAGUCUCAGAAAUAGAUGAAAUGUUUGAAGCAAGAAAAAUGAUUGGCAUUUGUCCACAGUUAGAUAUACACUUUGACGUUUUGACAGUAGAAGAAAAUUUAUCCAUUUUGGCUUCAAUCAAAGGAAUACCAGCCAAUAAUGUAAUACAAGAAGUACAGAAGGUUUUACUGGAUUUAGACAUGCAGGCUAUCAAAGAUAAUCAAGCUAAGAAGCUAAGUGGUGGUCAGAAAAGAAAACUGUCUUUGGGAAUUGCUGUUCUUGGGAAUCCAAAGAUACUGUUGCUAGAUGAACCAACAGCUGGAAUGGAUCCCUGUUCUCGUCAUAUUGUUUGGAAUCUUCUGAAAUACAGAAAAUCCAGUCGGGUGACAGUGUUUAGUACUCACUUCAUGGAUGAAGCUGACAUUCUUGCUGAUAGGAAAGCUGUCAUAUCACAAGGAAUGUUAAAAUGUGUUGGCUCUUCAAUUUUUCUCAAAAGUAAAUGGGGGAUUGGCUACCGCCUGAGCAUGUACAUAGACAGAUACUGUGCCACAGAAUCUCUGUCUUCUCUGGUUAAACAACACAUACCUGGAGCUACUUCAUUACAACAGACUGACCAACAGCUUGUGUACAGCUUGCCUUUCAAGGACAUGGACAAAUUUUCAGGUUUAUUUUCUGCUCUAGACACUCAUUCCAAUUUGGGGAUUAUUUCUUAUGGUGUUUCCAUGACAACUUUGGAAGAUGUAUUCUUAAAGCUGGAAGUUGAAGCAGAAAUUGACCAAGCAGAUUAUAGCGUAUUUACUCAGCAGCCACCAGAGGAAGAAUGGGAUUCAAAGUCUUUUGAUGAAAUGGAGCAGAGCUUGCUUAUUCUUUCUGAAACCAAGGCGUCCCUAGUGAGCACCAUGAGCCUGUGGAAACAGCAGAUGUAUACAAUAGCAAAGUUUCAUUUCCUUACCUUGAAACGUGAAAGCAAAUCAGUGCGGUCAGUGUUGCUUCUGCUUUUAAUUUUUUUUGCAGUUCAGAUUUUUAUGUUUCUGGUGCAUCACUCUUUUAAGAAUGCCGUGGUUCCCAUCAAACUUGUUCCAGACUUAUACUUCCUAAGACCUGGAGAUAAACCUGAUAAAUACAGAACAAGUCUGCUUCUUCAAAAUUCUACUGACUCAGAUAUCAGUGAUCUUAUUAGCUUUUUCACAAACCAGAACAUAAUGGUGACGAUGUUUAAUGACAGUGACUAUGUGUCCGCCGCUCCCCAUAGUGCAGCUUUAAAUGUGAUGCAGGCAGAAAAGGACUAUGUUUUUACAGCUGUUUUCAACAGUACUAUGGUUUAUUCUUUACCUGUAUUGAUGAAUAUCAUUAGUAACUACUAUCUUUAUCAUUCCAAUGUGACUGAAAGCAUCCAGGUCUGGAAUACCCCAUUCUUUCAAGAAAUUACAGACAUCGUUUUUAGAGUUGAGCUGUAUUUUCAAGCAGCUUUACUUGGCGUUAUUGUUACCGCAAUGCCACCUUACUUUGCCAUGGAAAAUGCAGAGAAUCAUAAGAUCAAAGCUUAUACUCAACUUAAACUUUCGGGUCUUUUGCCAUCUGCAUAUUGGAUUGGACAAGCUAUUGUUGAUAUCCCCUUAUUUUUUGUCGUUCUUAUUUUGAUGCUAGGAAGUUUAUUUGCAUUUCAUUAUGGUUUAUAUUUUUAUCCUGCAAAGUUCCUUUCUGUGGUUUUUUGCCUUAUUGGUUAUGUUCCGUCAGUUAUUCUGUUUACCUAUGUAACUUCUUUCACCUUUAAAAAAAUUUUAAAUACCAAGGAAUUUUGGUCAUUUAUCUAUUCUGUGACAGCGUUGGCUUGCAUCGCAGUCACCGAAAUAACUUACUUUAUGGGCUACGCAGUGACAGCUGUUCUUCAUUACACCUUUUGCAUCGCCAUUCCGAUCUACCCACUUCUAGGUUGCCUGAUUUGUUUCAUAAAGGCUUCUUGGAAGAAUAAUCAGAAAAGUGAGGACACCUACAACCCAUGGGAUAGGCUUUUGGUGGCUGUUAUAUCGCCUUACCUGCAGUGUGUGCUGUGGAUUUUACUCUUGCAGUACUAUGAGAAAAAAUAUGGGGGCAGAUCACUAAGAAAGGAUCCCUUUUUCAGGAACCUUUCAAAAAAGUCCAAAAGUAGGAAGUUUCCAGAACCAGCAAGCAAUGAGAAUGAAGAUGAGGAUGUCAAAGCUGAAAGGCUGAAGGUCAAAGAGUUGAUGAGCUGCCACUGUUGUGAGGAGAAACCAGCCAUUAUGGUCAACAAUUUGCAUAAAGAAUAUGAUGACAAGAAAGAUUUUCUUCUUACAAGAAGAGUAAAGAAAGUGGCAAAUAAAUACGUCUCCUUCUGUGUGAAAAAAGGCGAGAUCUUGGGACUGCUGGGUCCAAAUGGUGCAGGCAAAAGCACAAUUAUUAAUAUUCUGGUUGGUGAUCUAGAACCAACUUCAGGCCAGGUAUUUCUAGGAGAUUAUUCUUCAGACCCAACUGAAGACAAUGAUUCCAGUAAGUGUAUGGGAUACUGUCCUCAGAUAAACCCACUGUGGCCAGAUAUUACAUUACAGGAACAUUUUGAAAUUUAUGGAGCAGUGAAAGGAAUGAGUGCAGGUGACAUGAAAGAGGUCAUAAAUCGAAUAACAAAUGCACUUGAUUUAAAAGAACAUCUUCAGAAAACUGUAAAGAAACUACCUGCAGGAAUCAAGCGAAAGUUGUGUUUUGCGCUGAGCAUGCUGGGGAAUCCCCCUAUUACUCUGCUAGAUGAACCAUCUACAGGUAUGGACCCUAAAGCCAAACAGCACAUGUGGAGAGCAAUUCGAACCGCAUUUAAAAACAGGAAGCGGGCUGCCAUUCUGACCACUCAUUACAUGGAGGAGGCCGAGGCUGUCUGUGACCGGGUGGCUGUCAUGGUGUCUGGGCAGUUAAGAUGUAUUGGGACAGUUCAACAUCUGAAGAGCAAAUUUGGGAAAGGAUACUUUUUGGAAAUUAAAUUAAAGGACUGGAUAGAAAACCUAGAAGUAGAUCGUCUUCAAAGAGAAAUUCAGUAUAUUUUCCCAAAUGCAAGCCGUCAGGAUAGUUUUUCUUCUAUUUUGGCUUAUAAAAUUCCUAAGGAGGAUGUUCAGUCCCUUUCACAAUCUUUUUCUAAGCUGGAAGAAGCUAAACAUACUUUUGCCAUUGAAGAAUAUAGCUUCUCUCAAGCAACGUUGGAACAGGUUUUUGUAGAACUCGCUAAAGAACAAGAGGAAGAAGACAACAGUUGUGGGACUUUAAACAGCGCACUUUGGUGGGAAAGAACACAGGAGGAUAGAGUAGUAUUUUGAAUCUGUAUUGCUCAGUGGGCUUAACUGAAUUUCUUUCUUUUUCACUUUAUUUUAACUUUGGUUUAAAAAGUUUAUUGUUUGGUAAUUGAAGAGCUGUGAAAGCAUUGGGAUUUUCCCUGGCAUCAUUAAUUGAAAUGAUGUGGUUGUGUGUUUUACUUCUCUUCAAAUAAAACUUACAUAUAAUUAAUUGAAACUGCAUGUUUGUAUCUGAAGUGUAUUGAACUGUAGUCUGUAUAUAAAGUUGAAUACCUUCUUUUUCACCUUUCAGAAACAGUGCUUCUGGAUUUAUGAUUGGAAGAAAUAGCGAUAGAAUGAUUUUAUUUUGAGCCGUCACCUUUAUGUUUAAGUUUACACCAUCUUGUUACAUAAGUACGUAAUGUCCCAAUCUAAAUUUAAAAAAAAAUACAAAAUUAAUACAUAGAACAGAGACAUAAAGCAAAAGUGUCUUGCUUUUACUUCUUAAUUUCUAAAAGAAACUGAAUCACAAUUGGCAAUCUAAAUAAAAAGCUGAAGUCUUAGUGCAGAUAGAGGUUUACAGGGACAUCCACUAGGUGGCACUCAUCAGUCAUAAUAACUGAGAUGAGACCUUGUUCUAGUAGGUGAUUUUAAACAUAAGUAACUUAAGUAUAUGAAGUCUUUUGCCUACAGUAAAAUUCAGAGAUCUUUCAAUUAUUGUGGAAGGCUGUGUCUAGGAUCUUACUAUGUAAUAGUCUGAGUUUUUGACUGUUUGGGGCUGGAAUGACAGACAUCUAUAGAGUUGCAAAAAUUAAACCAUACCUUCUCCUCCACCCCUCAUGGAAGACAUAAAUAUUUUGUCAUCUUCUUUCUAAAGAACAUGUUUUAUUUUGUUCUAGAAUAAAAUAAUUUGUUGGGUAAUCA